UGUGAACAGGCUUGUUUUGGGCAGGCUUAGGGACACAAACAUGGCGGCCUCCUUACGGCUAGGACACCGAGCCGUUUUAACUGUUUUGAGGUUUAUUCCGUUUCAAAAAUGCCCUCACGUAACUCAGAGUUCGUUCAGACAACUGUUUCAGUCUGCGUAUUUAUUAGGGGUCGCCCCUCUCAAAGUGCAGAUGCCUGCUCUCUCACCCACCAUGGAGGAGGGUAAUAUUGUGAAAUGGCUGAAGAAGGAAGGUGAAGCUGUGGCAGCUGGCGAUGCUCUCUGCGAAAUUGAGACAGACAAGGCUGUGGUUACCAUGGAAUCCAGUGACGAUGGAGUACUAGCUAAAAUCCUGAUGGAGGAAGGUAGUAAGAGCGUGCGUUUAGGGACUCUCAUUGCUUUGAUGGUCGAAGAAGGGGAAGACUGGAAACAAGUGGAAAUCCCUCCUCUUGUCUCCUCACAGCCUGCUCCAGCUCCUCCCCUGCCUUUAGCUGCACCGACCCCUCCAGCAUCUGUAGCCCCACCCUCCAGAGCUGCGCCUGCCAUUGGACCGUUGCGGUUGAGUCCUGCUGCCAGACACAUUUUAGACACACAUGGUUUGGAUCCUCACUUGGCUACAGCCACUGGACCACGAGGGCUCAUCACUAAAGAAGAUGCUCUAAACCUCCUGAAGGAAGGAGAUGCAGGUCAACCAGCAGCUCCAGUAACUGCUCCUGCUCCUCCAUCUCCUCCUCCUCUUUCCUCCCCUCAUGUUCCUCCACCAGCUCCAGUGUCAGGACGGCCCCUUCAACCAGCCAUCUCAGUCCCUGAAAAACCUGGAGCUCCAGGCACCUUCACAGAGAUCCCUGCCUCUAAUGUGCGGAGAGUGAUCGCACAGAGAUUAACGCAGUCCAAAACCACCAUACCUCAUGCGUAUGCCUCAGUGGACUGUGAUCUGGAUGCUGUGAUGCAACUUCGCAAGGAGUUAGCCCGAGAGGAGAUCAAGGUGUCUGUCAAUGAUUUCAUUAUCAAAGCCGCUGCUGUUACACUCAAAGAAAUGCCAGAAAUCAACGUGACCUGGUCAGGAGAGGGACCACAAGCACUGGACUCCAUCCAUAUAUCCAUCGCCGUGGCGACCGAGCGUGGCCUCAUCACCCCCAUCAUCAAAGAUGCAGCAGACAAAGGCGUGCAGGAGAUCGCCACCAACGCCAAGGUGCUGGCUGAGAAAGCAAGAGCAGGGAAACUGUUACCAGAAGAAUAUCAGGGAGGAUCCUUCAGUAUCUCUAACCUGGGAAUGUUUGGCAUCAGUGGCUUCAGCGCGGUGAUUAACCCUCCUCAGGCGUGUAUCCUGGCAGUGGGGCGCUCCAGGGCUGAGCUUACACUGGCAGCAGAGGGCCUCUGCACGCAGCACCUAAUGACUGUCACCCUGUCCAGCGAUGGACGUCUAGUAGACGAUGAGCUUGCAUCACGAUUCCUUGAAAAAUUUCGCAACAAUUUGGAGAACCCCCAGCGCAUGGCCCUUGCUUAGAAAAGAGGACAUAAGAACAGAGAAAUAGAGAGUGGAGUAUAGCAGAGCGAAUGUCACCAAUUAUCUAGAUCUAUUUUUUCUAAAAAAUUAAUAAUGAAUUAAAUAAAACCUGGCACAUAGGUAAAAUGAACCAUGUUACCCAAUCCCUUGUUUAAGUUAUAUUAGUUGUUAAUGAAAAGACAAGAAUUUGUUUUGGUACAUUUGGACUUAUUUGGGUAUUUUUAAGAUUUAACUAAUAAUAUAUUUCACAAAUGGGUUGGAGUAAAAAUAUGGCACUUUUUAAUUUAUUAUUCUCAUAAACUAGGUCUUCUUUUUCCAAACAUGCAUUCUUUCUACAUUUCCUCUAAAAUCUCAGAGGAGUACAGCCCUCUCCAUACUCCUUCAAAUGCCCUAUGACAUGACAUGAGCAACAGUUUAAAAAAAGACAUGGUUGUUGGAAGAAUAUGCUGGAUGACAAGGGAUUUAGACAUUAACUGGGAAUUAGCAACAACUAACACGUUAAAUGAGAAAAAAUAUAUAUAAAUGGGAACUCUGUGGUGUCAUACCAAAUAGUAACACAAAAUAAAAUUGUCUACAGA